AUGAAGGGCAGGAAACUGCAGUAUCCAGGGGAGUUCGAGCGAACAGCUCGCUUGAAAGAGCUCCUUUCCGAUGCACAGAGAUUCAUCAUCACGACGAAUCGUGCGCAAGACUACCCAGAGCACUGUGAUCUUACGUCGAAGACUGCCUGUCCUCCAACAGAACAGACUGGUCUAAAACAAACGAUGGAUUGGCUUCUCGACAGAAUUGAGCACACGAAUGAUCUUGCCGGCAAACUCAUGCAGCAUGUACUCCCAGGAUCGCAGGAUGUUGAGAAACACUUCACGAGAGAUGGCACCAUAUUACAAGACGAUCUUGUGUAUAUCAUGAAAAUCCGACUUGGCGCCGACUCCAGAGACACUCAAAGGCCCAGAAACCCAGAAGAGCCCGGUACCAAUGCCAAACUUCAUACCCGACGACGGUUCCUACGCUACCUGGGCAAUGGUCCUAAUGAACCAUCCGUGGACGUCCAGCGUGAAUUAAAGAUGGAGGAACCUAUGAGUAUUCAUCGGCCCACGUCGCACCCCAACGCCGUACAACAAAGCCCUCCUAUCCCGCAAGCGUCGAACAAGGAUCUCGAGGAAGAGAUUACUCGCCUUCGUAGCUGA